UUUCAUUGUAAAAGUUCUUCAAAUAAUUUUACUUGGUUUAUGUAGAUUUUUUUUUGUCUUUUUGGUAUCAAUAGUUACCUGGUUGCUAAGGGGAUAUUGGAUUAGAAAAAUGUAAGGAGUCCUUUCAUGCCUGCCAAGAAAGUGAGUGUUUUCUUUAAGUAAAGUUUACAGUGUUGUCUGAAAUGCCAUUGUAACCUGCAAUGUACAGUAGAUUGGAUAUACUGUUUUCUUUUUUUUAACUGUUCCUGUGAGUUAUAUAGCCAUGCAUUCCAAUAGACUGUUUACCAAUCCGUAUGCAAUCGAAGUUCUCCAGACAAAAAAGAGGGACUUGAUUGAAGGCAUAUCUAAAACUGAGCAUUUGCUGAAUCUUCUGAUUGACAAGGAAGUCUUACCACCUGAGAAGAGACUCCUUGUGCUUAGCUGCAGAUCUCGGGAGGAGAAGAAUUCACGAGUCCUGGACUUUCUGGUCUCCCAAGGUGAGAGAGCUUGCAGGUUGUUCUUCUAUCCAUGUCUGAAACUCAUAGAGCCUGACUUGUACAACAGCAUCAAAGUGUACGUGGGAGAUGUGAAUGAAAGUAUCGGGGAUGGCAGAAGGCAGCUUAUAGGGUACCUUUUAGAAAGGGACCACAGUAAUCCCCCCAAAAAUACACAGCAUAAAAUCCCUGAGAAGACCACUAAUAUGGCAGUUCCACGAAAGAGAGUAAAGAUCCAAGACAGUAAACCUGUCUCAACUAUCUCAUCGCUUAAGACACCAGAAGAAACGGAAGUGGUGCAUCGUAAACCUGGGGGUCUUUUCGAUUCAGCUGCAAAGGGGGAUGUAUCUUGUCUGGAGAAGCUUUUAAGCGAUUGUGACAUCAAUGCAGUGAAUUCUUUGAAUGAGAGUCUCUUGCACAUAGCUGCCUUGAAUGGCCAGGUCCCAAUUAUAGAAUUCCUUCUGCGUAAAGGGGUCAAAAUGGAUUUGAGAGACAGAAAAGGAAGGACAGCUUUGCACAGGGCUGCUGAAAAUGGUCAUAGCAUGGCAGUAAAAUCCCUUGUGCAGGCAGGGGCUAAUAUCUAUGCCAUGGAUAAGGAAUCUAAAACUCCACUUCACUUGGCAGCCCAAAACAAGCAUCUCAAUUCAGUCAAAAUUCUAGUGGAAGAGGAAAUCAAGAUUUGCCAUAAUCAGAGGACAUUUCUACAUAUGGCAGCCCUCAAAGAUAACUCCCAUCUAGCCCAAAUCCUCCUUCAGGAAGGUGCCCCAGUAGAUGCAAAGGACAAUCAGAAGAAGACUGCACUGUUCCAUGCUGUUCACAGUGGUUUUGAGAAAACAGCUAGAGUUCUUCUUGAAGCUGGAGCCAAGCUAGAUUCCAGUAUCAUUGAAGCUGCAUUUAACCUUAACAGCCAGUCCAUGUAUAGCCUACUUCUUCAGCAUGCUAAAGGGCUAUCUCCUGAUACCAUGGUGUCAGCACUUUUCAAAGCAGUUCAGAAGAACCUGCAAGAAGUUAUAGCUGCUUUGAUAGACAGAGGUACUGACAUAAAUGCACGUAAUGGGAUGCAGUACACACCUUUGCUUCUCGCUGCAGAGCUGGGGAAUUUGGAAGCUGUCAAGAUUUUGGUUGCCAAAAAGGCUAGUCUGGAUGAGAAAUUGCCAAACCAUAACUCAGCUCUGCAUCUGGCUGCUCAGAGUGGGAAUCUGCCAGUUUUAAAAUUGCUGUUAGAGAAAGGAAUGGACGUUAACAUGCCAGGCCCUGUAGACCAGACUCCUUUGCACCUGGCUGCCUUGCACAACAAACCUGAUGUAGUGGAGGUACUGAUCAGACAUGGGGCCCAGGUGAAUGCUGUCACCAAAGAGGUACUUACACCCUUGCACAUUGCAAGUCAGCAGGGACACCAGGAGGUUGUGGAGAAGCUGAUCCAAUUUAAGGCAGAUAUUAACGCAAAAGACAAACAGUCGAGGACACCUCUGCAUCUUGCUCCAGCUCAAGGUGGGGCAUCUGUGGUGCAGCUGCUGCUCAGAAAUGGUGCUGAUCCCAAUGCCGUGGACAAGGAAAAAAAGUCACCUUUACACAUGGCAGCGCUGAAAGGAAAUUCUGAGGCUGCCUCAGCCAUGCUGUCAGGCAAGGCAAUGAUCAGAGCCAAGGACAUGGAUGGCUGCACGCCCCUGCACUACACCACAGCAAAAGGCCAUCUGAGCCUCAUGAAAGUUCUUUUGGCCUUUGGAAAAAACAAGAAUGUUGAUGAUAGAAAUGUGUGGCGGAAGACCGCCUUGCACAUUGCGGCAGAGCAUGGGUAUGACUCUUUGGUAGACUUCCUGCUGUCCAGUGGUGCAAAGAUCAAUGCUAUGGACAUCAAUAAAGACACCCCUCUGCACAUUGCCAGUCGAGCCGGGCACCUUGGCACUGUUCACAGACUAGUGAACUGGACACAGGGUGAAAAGGUCAACCUGCAGGCCACUAACAGUGUGAAGAAAACCCCACUGCAGGUGGCGCAGACUGGGGACACAGAAAAACACCAGCAAGUUGCCACACUACUGAAGAAGAAAAUGUUUCUUAUCAAAUAAUACAUAACCGUCUAAAAAUGGACAUCAUAUGAUUUUCAUAGGACUCCGACACCUUAGAAGAUUUGUCCCAUGUUGGAGUGAAUAUCAGUGUCUAAAUGGUAGUGCAGCAGGGUUUCAUUAUUCUGGAAGAAUAAUUAAUCAGAUUUUCACUUAUAUCCUGUACACUAACAUGUUGUCAGAUGUUGGUGAGGUGAUAAUCUGUCAGGAUUAUCAUGUUAAAACAAAAUGACUACAGUAUUUACAUACUUUCCAUAUUUGGAAGAAAAAACUGAGAGAAAGAGUUAAACAAUGUAGAAUUCCAAAUACCUUUCACAGCAGAGUAUAGAGUAUAUUCCUUAUAAAACAUAUGUUUGUAAAUGGCUAUCUGUAUAUUUCUGUACAUUAAGAAAUCAACAGAUCACUGAAAUGAAAUUUCAGAUACCAUAGUUCACACAUACCGACCUCUGGUGGUCAUUUUAGAAAAAAAUGUUUUGCUUCACAUACAGUAACUUGUAUUGGAAAUGUUAAACGUUAGGCUUUUUACCAAUGUUUUUAUAUAAUACGUAGUAAACGUUUAUGCAAU